AUAGUAACAGAAACAACGUCGCAGCCUCUGCGUCGGCAGUUAGAUCAUUCGCAAUCGACCAUUGCACGCGUUCGGUUCACAUCAAAUUCUGAGUGUCAUAUAGAGAGCAUCAGCGUAUAACAGUGUAGAACAGUUCAUGCAAAAUCUACGUGCCGAUAAGCAGCAAAGUUGCAAUCGAACGUUUUCGGUGUGUCCUCUUCGUCAUCGUCUUCGUCUUCACCUUCGUUGUUGUUGUCGUUGUCGUUGUCGCUGGGAGUUGUAAGAGUGCGAGUGACAGACAAAUAAAUUUGCAUCAAUAUAACAGAAAUAAACACAUUACAACAGCAAUCCAGUCACGUGUGUGAGUUCGAGUGUGUGUUAAACUUGAAACUUUUGCGCUAAAUUAGAGCUUUGAUUGAGUGUGACUCAAAAGUUUUGCCUAGUUCACACCUGGCACAAUAACAGUUAGAAACAUCAAGCGAAAGAGAGAGAGAUAAACGCAACACAAAACUUCAACUGCACGCACUCUUUCUUCGAACUUUUGACUUACCCGCUGUCUGUCAAGUGCUUUGAAACGCUCUUUACACUUUUGCCGAAAAGUUUCUCUUUGUUGCUGCAGUUGUUGUUCUUGCCUUUGAGUCAGCCUCUCAAGAACUACACGCAAGGAUUUUCUUUCUUCGCCAAGCUUGAAGAAUUACUGCCAAAAUUUUCACGGACGGUAAUAAGCUCGGUCCUGCAGCUGCGGGCAGAGGAAUGUUUUGCUAUCAGUGCCCGCCCGCCCUGCAUCCCUGCGGACCGCAUCCGCCCCGUUUGCCCACACUGGACUAUCCAUUUGCUGCCACGCAUCCAUAUACCAGCUACUCGUAUCAUCCUGCCAUACAUGAUGAGACUUUUGUGCGGCGCAAGCAACGUCGGAAUCGCACAACCUUUACAUUGCAACAGCUGGAGGAGCUGGAAACGGCAUUUGCUCAGACCCAUUAUCCGGAUGUAUUUACGCGCGAGGAUCUGGCCAUGAAAAUCAACUUAACGGAGGCACGAGUUCAGGUUUGGUUCCAGAACAGACGCGCCAAGUGGCGAAAGGCAGAGCGGCUUAAGGAUGAGCAACGCAAGCGAGAAAAUGGCGAAAGCAGUAGCUCCUUGGACAAGUUGCAUGACUCACGCGAAUCCUCGCCAGACAUUACCGGCGAGAUCGACGAUGAUAUGGACGAGUUGCCGCCACGCUCACGCCAACGUUCACACAGUCCCCUGACAAAUGGUCCCAUGGAACAGCAACAACAUUCUCAUUCGCAUUCGCACUCGCAUUCGCAUUCACGCAGCCCCCCGGGUGUCCAUCAUCUGGACUCCAGCGAUAACGAGCGACCGCUGUCCUCCACCCAGUUGACUGCCACCACGCCGCACUCCGCCUCGCAGUCUCUGGGCUCGAUUAGCGCCGGCUCCCCCUCGCCAGGGAUGCGCGAGCACACGCCUCUAGCCAGCGUUGGCGUUGGCCUGGGUCUGGGCCAUGGCAUGGCACCUAGCAGUCCAUCGAAUUCGCGCAACACCGACUCACCCAUCGAGGUGGGCGGCCCCAUAUCGUUGACCACGGGCUCCCGCAUGGCUGCCUCAUCGAACAACUCGGCAUCGUCGACCCCCACUCCGACACCGACGCCAACAACUCCGCACUCCGCUCAGCUGCCCCAUUCGGCAGCUGCAGCUGCGGCCUUUGGCAGUCACAUUUUUGGCAGCUUCGGCGCCGGCAGCGUCGCCAACGAUACCAAUUGCGGCUUUCGUCCUGUGCUCAGCGAGCAGAGCGCGGUGGCAGCAGCAGCAGCCGCAGCGGCGGCUCAGCGCAGCGCCAACCAUCCACCGCUUUUCCUGCCACCGCAUUUGGCAGCACAGUUCUCGCAUCAGCCGCUCUUUCCGGGCCUCAAAGGUGUGUCACCGUUCCAGAGUCUCUGUUCGUGUUGCUCACUGAAGCCGCCGCCAAUGCCGCCAGUUACCUCGGCCUCGGGGUCCGUGAUGGCGCCCUUGAGUGUGCCCAUUAGCAGCAGCUCGGCAGCCAGUUCGCCCGAGUCGCCCAAAUCGGGGGGCGGGGCACACGAUCCACGCUCCAAUUCGGUGGCCGAAUUGCGGCGCAAGGCACAAGAGCAUUCGGCGGCAUUGCUGCAAUCGUUGCAUGCGGCUGCCGCAGCUGGUUUGGCUUUCCCGGGCUUGCACUUGCCGCCGCUCUCCUUUGCCCAUCAUCCGGCGCUGGGACAUACUAUGAAUCACAGCAACAAUAAUAACAAUAACAAUAACAGUAGCAGCAACAGCAACAGUAACAAUAACAAUAACAAUGGCUUACGAUUGAAGCACGAGGCACAGGACAUGACCGCGAGCACCAUGAAUGGCCUCGGCUCUGUGGCAGCUGCAGCAGCAGCAGCGGCUGCUUUGCCUGGCAGCAGCUCCACUUCAGCAGCUCUGCUCGAUUUGGCAGAGUCUGCGGCCGCAUAUCAUCAUCAUCAGCAGCAGCAACAGCAACAGCAACAACAUCAGCAGCAGCAGCAACAACAUCAUGCCACAUUGUCGCCACCAACCACGCCAACUCAGCUGCAAUCACAGCAACUACAACAGCAGCAGCAACAAGAUUCGCCAACAGCAAGUGCCACACUUAAUGGCAACGCGUUGCCAACGAAGAGCGAGUAGAGGCAACAGGUGCAAUUCAUUUAAUUACGUAUAACAUUUAUUAACUCUAGAUUCUACUAUUAACAAACUAUAUGCAUAAAUAUUUAAAUGAUCCACAUGUGCGACGUGGCAGCAACUAGCAACUAAGCAUUAGUCUUAGGCUUCUAAAGAGCAAUCUAAACACACACAAUGUCACAACACACAC